AGAUAACAGUUAAAAAAAGCUUUUUCAUAACAAUGGAUUUACCACCAUCAAUGAUACUGGGUGAGGAAGUUCUAGUACAAAUAACAGUGUUUAAUUACAUGCCUGCUCCCCAACAGGUAUUUCUUCAAGUUAUCAGGUCUGAUGAUCCUUCAAAUCCAAUUCCAGCAGCAACAAUGGUUCAAGCAAAUGAAGGUCAUUCAACAUAUGUUCGAGUUACGCCAAAAGCUCUUGGUACUCUAAAGAUCAACGUUCACGCAAAAGCAGGAUUCUUUGCUGCAUCUGCAACAGAUGCAAUUGAAAAAGAAGUUACAGUAUUGCCCAUAGGUGUUCAUAAAACAAUAAAUGAUCAGCAUCUUGUUGAUGUGAGCAGUGGAAGCCGCACGUUUACAAGACUAUAUUUUUGAAAGCUCCUAAAAACAUGGUAAAUGGAACCAAACAUGCGUACAUGCAGAUUACAGGUAACUUUAUGGUACCAAGUAUAUCGGGUCUACAAAAACUGAUACAGUUACCUCACGGAGGCGGGGAACAAACCAUGGUUAAUUUCGCACCAGAUGUUUAUAUAACGAAGUAUUUGAAUAUUACUAACCAGUUAACAGAGUAUGUGAAGAACAAUGCAAUAUCUUCAAUCAAAUCAGGUUAUCAACACGAGCUAGGAUACAGACAUAGUGACGGGUCAUUUAGCAUCUGGGGCGAAAGGGAUCAAUACGGCAGCACAUGGCUUACUGCUUAUGUUUUGAAAUGUUUCCAUGAAGCUAAAUCGCUGAUUACAAUUGACAGCAAUGUGCUGACUACGGCUAUGAACUGGCUUCUGUUGCAACAAAAUACAGAUGGCUCUUUUAGAGAGAUGAUACCGGUCCUUUAUGUAGAUCACAGGAAAACAGGGACUGGUAUAAAGCUGACAGCUUUCACAUUGAUUUCAAUUAUGGAAUGUAGGAAUAUACCUAAUGUUCAGGUCCAGACUAUUUAUCCUAAUGAAGUUAUUUAUCAUUUAUUUUCAUAUUAAGUUCAUUUGUUUGUUUGAUUGGGUUUUACGUCACACCGACACAGGAUAGGUCAUUUGGCGACGUUCCAGCUUUAACGU